CCCCCCCCUCCAAAGCUGCUCUCGUGCUGCCUCAACGCCGCCUGCAUGGGGCUGCUGGACGCGGGGCUGCCCUUGGCCUCCCUGUUCUGCGGCGUCGCCUGCGCCCUGCUCCCCGAUGGCUCCCUCGUGCUGGACCCCAGCAGCCAGCAGGAGAAGGUGGCUCGCGCCGUCCUCACCUUCGCCAUCGACAGCGCCGAGAAGAAGGUGCUCAUGGCCAGCACCAAAGGGAGCUGCUCCAUGGAGGAGAUGCAGCAGUGCAUCGCUGCAGCCCAGAGCGCCGCCGACACCAUCUUCCAGUUCUAUCGCGACUCCAUCCGGAGGAGGUAUUCCAAGUCGUGACAUGGAAUUGCCCCCCCAACCCACCCCCUGCCAUAGGGGCAG